GUCAACGAUGGCCACUGGCACCACAUUUGUGUAGCUUGGGAAAACGCUGAAGGACAAUGGGCGAUCUUCAAGGAUGGGUCAGUGGUAGUGGAUAAUGAAAUAGGUUUUCAGGUUGGUUAUAAUAUUCGUCCGGGAGGAAAGUUGUUCAUUGGCCAAGAACAAACACGAGAAAAGAACUUCGAUUCAAAACGAUCAUUUGUUGGUGAACUGGCGGAUUUCAACUUCUGGCCAGAGUAUGUGACGGACAUAGAAGUCCUUAGCAUGUCUAAAUCUUGUAUAAAUAGAAAAGGAGAUGUAUAUAAGUGGUCU